AUGAAACUGACCGGGGAUGAGAGUGAUGCGGACGUGGCAUCAAAGAACCUGGAAAGAAUUGGGGUGCCUCUCUAUUUGGAUGAGGGUAAUGCAACGUCAUCCAACAGUGUUUUUCUGGAACCACUCAUUGCUAUCGAUGGUAACAAAACUGGUCUCUUGCUCUUGGUGAAAGAAGAAGGGCGUCACAUAACGGAUGAUACUGACAUGUUCACUGGUGACAUGAACCAAAGCAUAGAACCAGUAACGGUGCAGUUCGCUGAUCCUAUACUCAGCAGUGCAGCCAAUUUUCUUUCUCAUCAUGCCCAAGCAACGACCAGCUCUAGUACCCAACUCCAACCAGCUGCUGAUGAUGGUGAACUGCCUACGGAUGAAACAGUGACAACUCUCACUGACAAAAUGCCUGAGAAGGUCACCUCACCAACUCCCGAAUUUCCUGAAAAAUUCACUCCUCUGACGUCCCGCAGUCCAAAUGAGGUUGUGAUCCCAGCAUUGGAGGACAAGCAGUUGACACUGAAACGAAGGAACGGCGUCGAUCGAGUGAAGAGAAAUGUCGUCGUUCAAGAUGUGCCUCCGGACGUGUGGCGUGCUGUACAUAAACCGUCAGAAGAGUAUCAAGCCAGAUAUGUGAACAGUGAUUUCAGGAACAUUUUUCCACUUUCAGAAGGGCAAAGGCAGUCGGUAGAUGGAGUCCAAGAGGAUAAUGGAGCUGCAUCUGGGCUCAGACAGACAUCAGCAUAUUAUAGAAGCAUUCCAUAUUCUCUGGUUCACAGAUUGGGACCUCAAGGAGCAGGUAAUGUGGUCCAUUACACAACAAUGACGAAAGGAGUCAGAGGUAUGGCCCAUCCAGAACAAGAAGCUAACCAAACGCCUCUUGGACAAAAUCACAACUACCAGCAUGAUUUAAUGGACAACUCUCGUGGAGACAAGACAUACUUGGAGGAGGAGUUGCCUGCAGUGCAUAAGACUCCAGGUGAAGAAGUCAUGGAUGGAAAACACACUCUGAAAGACCAGGACCAUUCUCUUAGAGGCACUGAAGCAGCUGCUUCGAGCCGAUUCGUUCUUCAGAUUCCAAAUACGAACAAAGAACACCUGAAUUACCAUGAAGACCAAAGUGGAGGACCAGUAUCUCUGGAGGUGUUGAACGGUGUUCCUAGUAAUGAGGACAUCGGUAACACGACCAGAUUUCACUGGGCAAGUCGGCAGUUUGCGUCACUGUACGAUGAUGAUGACCCUGAGAAUGGUGGUAGGAAGAGUAGUAGCCUUCCGGUAGAAACUGGGGAUCUACCAUCCAGGAGAGUAGCAAGACGAAUUUGGGCGCCGUCGCUAAGGUCUUCACAAAAGGCUGGCGUUCGUAGAGAUGACGAAGCGGCGGAGCGACGGGAGGAGUCGAGUGGUCUCGAACAGGGACCCGCGGACUCGCUCCACAACGAAGUAGAGGAAGACAAGCUCAAGACUGCGGCAGAUGGAUCUAGCGUCCAGAGGAGCGUGAUGGAGGCACUGCUGGAACGGCUGGAGCGGUGCCUGCGCUCCGAGGCCAUGUCCGUGUUGGACAGCCUGGAGGGUGCGGACGUGGCCACAAUCUGGCCAGGCGUGGAGCUGGUCAGGGUGGACGGCCGGUCCACUCAGCGGACCAAUGGGAAGGGACACAGCAGCGACAGCACGCUAGCUAAAGACGAAGACGACAGGUGGGCGGCAAUUGCAGUGGACAAGUUGGCAGCACUGCUGAGGUCGCACGCCAUCAGGCUGCGUCUGUCAUCGCCUGCAGACGACGAGCGCGAAGAAGGUGAGGAAUCACUCUCAUUGCUGGCGUUCUGCCUCUUCUCCGUGUUAAUUCUGUCCUCCGUCCAGUUACUAACGUACAGGGAGUUCUCGGGAGUUCACCAGUCGAGGUUAUUGGAGGAGAUACCCAUAGAUAUGUGA